AUGCAACCUAACGAGAGUCCCCGAACGCGUAAACCAAAGAAGAGUCCCAGCGAGAAGGUGCCAGCCAGCAACGCCAGCAGUACUAGCAGUUCAAGUGCUCUGGCGGACGAUAAGCGACCGCGGACUGCCUUCAGUGGACCCCAGCUGGCGAGGCUGAAGCACGAAUUCGCCGAAAAUCGCUACCUGACGGAGCGGCGCCGCCAGGCGCUGAGUGCCGAACUGGGCCUGAACGAGGCCCAGAUCAAAAUCUGGUUCCAGAACAAGCGAGCGAAAAUCAAAAAAUCCUCCGGCCAGAAGAACCCACUCGCACUGCAGCUGAUGGCGCAAGGUUUGUACAAUCACUCGACGGUGCCGCUGACCCGGGAGGAGGAAGAACUGCAGGAGAUGCAGGCUGCUGCCGCUGCGGCGGCUGAAUCUCGAACCGGUUCGGCGGCGGCCGCCAGCGUCUAGCAAGCGUGACAGUUGUAGGCAACAUAGUAGGCUAUGAUGUGUGAACAGGAUCAGAUUGUGCACCAUUCAGCAUACCUUUCGUGAAAUUUUUGAAAACAAAAGAAAAACAAUACAAAACCUUCUACAAGUUUGAUAAACAAGUAGUAAUAGUUCAAACUAAGCUAAUUAUUAUAGUAAAGGAACUGAAGAAAGCAGCUGAGCGUUUGGUAAAUAGCUUUGUUGAAAUGCUUCACUCAUCCAUGCUAUCUCAAAUCUCAACCCAAAAAGAUUAUUUUGUUCCACCAAACCAACCGAAACCAGACAAUUUGAUCACAUUUGAAGAUGGAAGUAAUAGAAAAUCUGUGAUAUUGUAACGUUAAAUCACUCACUAAUAGGAGACAUGAUGUACAUUUUUAGUAGCUAAUAGUUUUUUUUCAAUGUUGUAGAUAACUAUUCCUUCCUAGCUGUUUGCAAACUGUCCUACUUUAUUGUACUUAACCCAAUUUAAAACCAGUGAAAUGUUUCUCAAUCAAUAGAUGGCAGCCCGAGUCUCUAACCGCAAUCGAACUGAGUUAUUUUAAGCAAAUCAACAGUAUCAUCGAGGUAAGUCUUAUUAAAGCUGAGUAUUAGAUAAACGAAUUUGUAGAUUAGUGUAAAUAUGUACUCAUUUGUAUUGCGAAUACUAUCGAAAUUCAGUCGCUGAAAAGCGUUCAUUCGUAACUAAAAAAUAAUGAAAACGACACUUGCUUGUUUUGAGGUUAGGAAUAAUUCGACCUAUUUAUUUAUUUCGUUUACCACAAGUCAAAAGCAAGUGAAAUGCAAUCUUGUAACAAAUAUCUCGAGAAGAGUAUUCAAUUUUGA